UCGCAGCAGAAAGACACAGUGUCGCGGAAAAACCAAAUCCUCCCGGAUUGCUAUAAUCUAGCAGGGGAAUAUAUUUCAUUUAUAUUUCAUUACCGACCCCGAGGAUUCUUACAAGCCGAGGGAAAUUUGGAACGGAGAAUCGAUUCAGAAUAAAAGAGGCAAGGAAAACAGAGCCCAGAGUGGCUGAUAUGGAAACCAGACACAGAGAGCCGGGCCGGGCAGUCACAGGGCAAGUACUGUUCUUUCCCUUUUUAUUCUCUUUGUUCUGCCGGGCGGUCUCCGAGCAGAUUCGUUACUCCAUUCCCGAGGAAAUGGCCAAAGGUUCCCUUGUGGGGAAUCUCGCUAAGGAUUUGGGGUUAAAUGGCAGAGAGCUGCCUCAGCGAAAGCUGCGUGUCAAUUCGGAAAAGCCAUACUUCAGUGUGAAUGGGGGAAAUGGCAAUCUCUAUGUGAACAACAGGAUAGACCGGGAGGAGAUAUGUGGGAAAUCACCGAUUUGUUUCCUACAUUUAGAAGCUGUGGUUGAAAACCCUUUGAAUGUUUUCCACGUGAAUGUCGCAAUCCAGGACAUGAAUGAUAAUGCACCGCGGUUUACUAAAAAUAAUAUGGAUUUAGAAAUUAAUGAAUUAGCACAACCUGGUGCGCGAUUUCCUCUAGAACCUGCGCAAGAUCCCGAUGUUGGAGCCAAUUCACUGCGGGGUUACCAGCUCAGUCCAAAUCGGUAUUUUAUAUUGAAACUGAAGGAAAAUCCAGAUGGAAAAAAGGAGGCAGAAUUGGUGUUAGAGAAACCUUUGGAUCGAGAGAAGCAGAGUUCCCAUCACUUGAUCCUGACGGCUGUGGAUGGGGGAGAUCCAGUCAGAACCGGAACAGCUCAGAUUAAAAUAACUGUUACUGACGCUAAUGACAACCCCCCUGUAUUCACUGAAGAGAUCUACAAAGUCAACCUGAAGGAAAAUCUACCAAAGGGCUCUUUAGUGUUCCAGGUUAAAGCCAUUGAUGCAGAUGAAGGUUCAUAUGCCAAAAUAACAUAUUAUUUCAGCAACAUACCGCAGAGUUCACGACAUCUGUUUAGUUUAGAUUCUGGUAACGGAAUAAUCACAACAAAAGGAUUUCUGGAUUUUGAAGAAGCAAAUAAUUAUAUAAUGGGUGUAGAAGCGAGGGAUGGGGGAGGUCUCACUGACCACUGCAAAGUUCAUAUAGAAAUUCUGGAUGAGAACGACAAUAGACCCGAAAUGACACUCACAUCCGUGUCCAGUCCAAUUCCCGAAGACUCAGUGCCCGGGACAGUGAUAGCUCUGAUGAAAGCCCGUGACCGAGACGAUGGAGGAAAUGGAGAAGUCACCUGUCGCAUUCAAGAUAAUUUGCCAUUGAAUGGCAGAUACACAAGGCUCUGGCACUGCAAAGGGCGAGCUCUGUUCUGCUUUAUAUUGGUUACCGUUUUGAAGGCAGUGUCUGGGCAGAUUCGCUAUUUGAUUCCGGCGUAAACGGAGAAAGGAUCUUUCAUGGGGAAUGUGGCAAAGGAUCUGGGACUGGAUGUAAAGCAGCUCUCAGACCACAGCGUCCGCUUUGUUUCCAAAGGUAGGACUCGGUAUUUUCCUUUGAAUUUGAGAGGCCAUUUACUCACCACGGAAAGGAUAGACAGAGAGCAGAUCUGUACGGGCUGGAGGGAGUGUCUGUUAAACAGUGAGGUUAUAGUGGAGGAUAAAAUGAAGCUUUAUAGAGUUGAAAUUGAAAUCACAGAUAUAAAUGACAAUGCUCCCAGCUUCCAAGCAGAAGAAAUUGAGAUAAAAAAUAGUGAAACAACAGCUCCAGGGUCGCAAUUUCUUCUCCCAGAAGCACAGGACACAGAUUUUGGAACUAAUAUUCUCCAGAGCUACCAGCUCAGCAGUAAUAGGCACUUUUCUCUCGGUGUGCAAAAUGGAUCAAAUGGAGUAAAAUAUGCCGAAUUGGUGCUGGAAAAGUCUUUGGACAGAGAAGAAAAAGCUGUUCAUGAUCUAGUCCUCACAGCUAGACAUGGGGAGCCAGUCAGGUCUGGCACUGCGCAAAUUAGAAUUAUCGUUCUUGAUGCAAAUGACAAUGUGCCGGUUUUUAAUGAGCCUGUCUAGAAAGUGAACAUUUUGGAAAAUUUGCAGAAAGGUUCCAGAGUGGUUACAGUAAAAGUCACCAAUCUGGAUGAAGGAGUCAACAAAGAGAUAAAAUACUAAUUCAGGAAAAUAACAGAGAAAGCUUCCAAAAUAUUCCACUUGGACUCAAAAAAGGGUGGAAUAACAUUCGUGGGGAACCUGAACUUUGAGGAAUCUGCGUUAUAUGAAAUUGAGGUGCAAGCACAUGACAAGGGAGGCCAUUUUGACAGAUCAAAAGUUGUCAUUGUGGUCAAUUAUGUGAAUGACAAUGCUCUUGAAAUUAUUAUCAGGUCUCUCUUCAAUUCAGUCCCCGAGGACUGUCCACCUGGGACUGUGAUCGCCGUAUUAGACGUACAAGAUUCUGAUUCCGGAGAGAACGGGGUUGUCACAUGCUCCACACCCAGCAACCUCCCCUUCCAGCUGAGGAAAUCGUUGGAUAAUUAUUACAGUCUGGUGACAGACCUAGCCCUGGAUAGGGAGCAGGUGGCAGCAUACAACAUCACAGUGACCGCCACGGACAAUGGGACUCCUCCUCUUUCUACAGCCACCACAAUCCCACUCCGGAUUUUAGACACGAGCGACAAUGCCCCUUUCUUCGAUAAAACAUCCUACACCACCUACAUCAUGGAGAAUAACCCGAGAGGAGCCUCCGUUUUCUCCCUGAGAGCGCAUGGGGUGUGCCGGAAUCAGCGGCGUGUCCCCAUCAGCAUGAGAUUGGCAGAAACUCAAAGGCGCCAGCACUGCAAAAGGCGAGCCCUGUUCUGCUUUAUGUUGGUUACCGUUUGGGAGGCAGUUUCUGGGCAGACUCGCUACUCCAUUCCCGAGGAAAUGCAGAAAGGCUCCAUUGUGGGGAAUAUCGCAAAGGAUCUGGGGCUGGAUAUAAAGGAGCUCUCAGACCGCGGAGUCCGCGUUGUAUCAAAAGGUAGGACGCAAUAUUUUGCUUUAAAUGUUAAGAGCGGCCAUUUAAUCACAACGGAAAGAAUAGACAGAGAGCAAAUCUGUGGCCGGAUCGAGAAGUGUCUGUUAACUUUUGAGAUUAUUGUUGAAGAAAAAAUGAAGCUUUAUAGAGUUGAAGUUGAAAUCACAGAUAUUAAUGACAAUGCUCCCAACUUCCAGGCGGGAGAAUCGGAAGUAAAAAUCAGCGAGAUAACGGCACCGGGAUCGCGGUAUCCCCUGCAGGAGGCGCAAGACCCAGAUUUAGGGAUAAAUUCUCUCCAGAGCUACCACCUCAGCAGUAAUAGGCAUUUCUCCCUGGACGUGCAAACCGGAUCAGAUGGAGUUAAAUAUGCAGAACUGGUGAUGGAAAAGUCUCUGGACCGCGAAGAACAAGCUGUUCAUGAUCUAAUCCUCACAGCCACUGACGGGGGAGAUCCAGUCAGGUCCGGCACUGCGCAAAUCCGCGUUAUUGUUCUCGAUGCUAAUGACCAUGCACCAGUUUUCAGUCAGACGGUCUAUAAAGUUAAUGUUUUAGAAAAUAUGCCUCCGGGGUCCACGAUGGUGACAGUGAAAGCGACUGAUCCCGAUGAAGGAAUACACCAAGAGGUAAAAUACUCAAUCAGAAAGAUAACUAAUGAAGCUUCACAGAUAUUCCACUUGGAUUCAAGGACGGGAGAAUUAAUAGUCGUGGGGAACUUGGAUUUUGAAGAAGCUGCGUUAUAUGAAAUCGAGGUGCAAGCCCAUGACGGGGGAGGUCUUUUCGACAGAUCCAGAAUUGUGAUCGUUGUUAGCGAUGUGAAUGACAACUCUCCAGAAUUAACAAUCACAUCUCUCGUCAACUCGAUCCCUGAGGACUCUCCCCCCGGGACUGUGAUCGCCCUUUUUGGCUUUGGUUUUAACUAUAAAUAUUUUCGGAAACAUUCCGCCAAAGAUAAAAUCCAAACGCGGCGUCUCCAUAUCAGCAUGGGAAUGCCAGAAACUCAAACGCUGCGGCGCUGCAAAGGGCGAGCCCUGUUCUGCUUUAUGUUGGCUACCGUUUGGGAGUCAGCUUCUGGGCAGAUUCGCUAUUCGAUUCCGGAAGAAAUUGAGAUAGGAACUUUCGUGGGGAAUGUCGCAAAGGAUCUGGGGCUGGAUGUAAAGCAGCUCUCAGACCGCGCAGUCCGCUUUGCUUCCAGAGGUAGGACCCAGUAUUUUGCUUUGAAUUUUAAGAGCGGCCAUUUAAUAACCACGGAGAGGAUAGACAGAGAGCAGAUCUGUGGCGGGCUGGAGGAGUGUUUGUUAAACUGUGAGGUUAUAGUGGAGGAUAAAAUGAAGCUUUAUAGAGUUGAAAUUGAAAUCACAGAUAUUAAUGACAAUGCUCCCAGCUUCCAGAGAGAAGAAAUUGAGUUAAAAGUCAGCGAGACAACAACACCGGGAUCCCGGUUUCCUUUGAGUGAUGCCCAUGACUCAGAUUUGGGCAUUAAUUCUCUCCAGAGCUAUCAACUCAGCAGUAACAGACAUUUCUCUCUUGAUGUGCAAACGGGAACCGAUGGAGUUAAAUAUGCCGAACUGGUGCUGGAAAAGUCUCUAGAUCGGGAAGAACAAGCUGUUCACGAUCUAGUCCUCACAGCCACUGACGGGGGAGAUCCAGUCAGAUCCGGCACUGCGCAAAUCCGCGUUGUUGCUCUUGACGCAAAUGACAACGCGCCAGUUUUUAGUGAGUCUGUCUAUAAAGUGAACGUUUUGGAAAAUGUCCCGGAUGGUUCCACAAUUCUUACAGUAAAAACCACUGAUCUGGACGAAGGCAUAAACAAACAGGUGAUAUACUCAUUCAAAAAAAUCACAGACAAAGCUUCCAAAAUAUUCCGCUUCGAUUCGAACACGGGAGAACUAACAGUCGUGGGAAACUUGGAUUUUGAGGAAGCAUCAUUAUAUGAAAUUGAGGUACAAGCGCAUGACGGGGGAGGCCUUUUUGGCAGGUCCAAAAUUGUAAUCGUUGUUAGCGAUGUGAAUGACAACGCUCCGGAAAUCGUUCUCAGGUCUCUCAUCAGCUCGAUCCCCGAGGACUCUCCCAUCGGGACUGUGAUCGCUCUUUUAGAUGUACAAGAUCUAGAUUCCGGAGAGAACGGGGAGGUCACGUGCUCCAUACCCAGCGACUUGCCCUUCGAGCUGAAGAAACCCUUCGAUAAUUAUUACAGUCUGGUGACAGACCGAGCCCUGGACAGGGAGCAGGUGGCUGCAUACAACAUCACAGUGACCGCCACGGAUAAUGGGACUCCUCCUCUUUCUACAGCCACCACGAUCCCACUCCGGAUUUUAGACACGAACGACAACGCCCCCUUCUUCGAUAAAACAUCCUACACGGCCUACGUCACGGAGAAUAACCCGAGAGGAGCCUCCAUUUUCUCCCUGAAGGCGAAUGACCCCGACUGGGGGAAAAAUGCCAGAGUCACUUACUCCAUUAUUGAAGGAGACAGAAGCGAAGUGCCUUUGUCCUCCUCCAUCUCAAUUAACUCCGAGACUGGGGCUGUCUACGCUCUGCGCUCCUUCGAUUACGAACAGUUCCGGGAGAUUCGGUUCCAAGUGCAGGCUCAGGAUGGGGGUUCCCCACCUCUCAGCAGUAAUGUCUCCAUCACUCUCUUUAUACUGGAUCAGAAUGACAACACCCCGGACAUCUUACACCCCUCCUUUCCCACCGAUGGCUCCACGGGAGUGGAGUUGGCCCCUCGCUCCUCCGAGCCGGGUUACCUGGUCACUAAGGUGGUGGCGGUGGAUGCAGAUUCCGGGCAGAACGCCUGGCUCUCCUACCAGCUGCUGAAGGCUACAGAGCCGGGGCUCUUCUCUGUGGGACUCCACAGCGGAGAGAUCAGGACAGCGCGCUACUUUGUAGACAGAGAUGCGCUCAAGCAAAGUCUGGUGGUUUUAGUGAAGGACAACGGGCAGCCCCCUCUCACUGCCACGGCCACUGUCACGGUGGUGGUGGCUGACAGCAUCUCCGAAAUCCUCUCCGAUUUAAGCAGCCCCUCAGCUCCUGCAGACCCCCAGUCCAGCCUCACCUUGUAUUUGGUGAUCGCUGUGGCUUCCGUUUCCUGCUUGUUCUUUACCUUUAUCAUAGUGUUACUGGCCCUGAGGCUCCGCCGGUGGAGAAACUCGCCGCUGUUUGACUCCUCGGGUGUGACUUUCAGUGGAGUUCCCGUCUCGCAGUUUGUGGGGAUCGAUGGAGUCAGAGCUUUUCUUCACUCCUACUCACAUGAGGUUUCUCUCACCACGGACUCCAGAAAGAGCCAAUUCAACUUUCCCAAAUCAAACUAUGUAAAUACUGUUACCAGUCAGCAGACUCGUGAGAUAAAGGAUCCUACUGUAGUUACUGAAGAAUUAAACACUUAUAACGGGGAUCAGACCUCGUUUCAGUCGCUAGAGCUGUGUCGGCGCCUUGAUAAGAUCGCUGCUAUUGCAGUUCUCCCGUUGAGACUCGGAGUGCCGCUGUUGGCCAAUGCGGAGCCAGGGCUGGAGCCGGAGAUCCACUGGAGCCUCCUGCGCUGCGAUUGCUCCAUCAUACAGCGCAGAUCGCAGAGGAAACUGCAGGGAGACAGCCACCGUCUCUCUAUGAAAAGGAAUCUCCUCAGAGCACAACCAAGAGAGGAGAGAGUAAAGCUGACAGAGACUGGGAUGGAAAUCAGAGAGCCGGGCCAGGCAGUCACACGGCAGGUGCUGCUGUUUCUCUUCCUAUUCGCUUUGUUUUGCCGGGCGGUCUCGGAGCAGAGUCGUUAUUCGAUUCCUGAGGAAAUGGCGAAAGGUUCCCUUGUGGGGAAUCUCGCCAAGGAUUUGGGGCUGAGUGUGAGAGAACUGCCCGACCGGAAGCUCCGCGUUGUCUCUGCAGCUAAAAAGCAAUAUUUCAGCGUGAAUGGGGAAAGUGGCAACGUCUAUGUGAAUGACAGGAUAGACCGGGAGGAGAUAUGCGGGACAUCUCAACUCUGCAUCAUAAAUUUCGAAACUGUGCUGGAAAAUCCCUUGAAUGUUUUCCACAUAAAUGUCGCGAUCCAGGACAUUAACGACAAUGCCCCGCUUUUCCUAAAAGACAGCAUCGAUCUACAAAUCAGUGAGUCCAGUUUGCCAGGGGCUCGAUUUGCUCUUGGAAAUGCUGAAGAUCCUGACGUUGGGAUUAAUUCUCUGCAGAGUUAUCAGAUGAGCCCCAAUCAGGAUUUCAUCCUGGAAAUCAAAGAGAGCCGGGAUGGCAAUAAAUAUGCAGAUUUAGUGCUGCAGAAACCCCUGGAUCGGGAGAGCCAGAGCAGCCUUCACUUGAUCCUCACGGCUGUGGAUGGGGGAGAGCCGCAGAGAACUGGGACCGCCCAGAUAUGGAUUAAUGUCACCGACGCCAAUGACAACCCCCCUGUUUUCACUCAGGAGCUCUACAAAGUCAGCCUGCGGGAAAAUACACCGACGGGCUCCUUAGUGCUUCAGGUUAAAGCCACCGACAACGAUGAAGGUUCAAAUGCUCAGAUCAGCUACGUCUUCUGCAACAUUCCAGAAAAGGCCCGUCAGAAAUUCAGUCUGGACCCAGAAACCGGGAAAAUUACUGUAAAGGAGCCCUUAGACUUUGAGGAGACACGUGACUACACCCUGGUAGUAGAAGCAAAGGAUGGAGGCGGACUAGUGACACACUGCAAAGUGGAAAUUGAGGUUCUUGAUGAGAACGACAAUGCCCCGGAGGUGACAGUCGCAUCCCUGGCCAGCCCCAUUCCCGAAGACUCAGUGCCCGGGACAGUGAUAGCUCUGAUCAAUGUAAUCGAUCAAGAUUCUGGAGACAACGGGAUCGUGUUUUGUCAUUUCCAAGACGAGUUGCCGUUUAAAAUAAUAUCCUCCUCUAAUAACUACUACAAGCUCCUUACAGACAGCACCUUGGACAGGGAAAGGACCCCGAAGUACAAUAUCACAAUCACCGCCACAGACAAAGGCACUCCCCCCCUCUCCACCCAGAAAACCAUCCUGUUGCAGAUCUCGGAUAUCAAUGACAACGCCCCUGUCUUUGAGAAACCUUCCUACAUCGCCUAUGUGCCAGAGAACAAUCCCUCGGGGGCCUCUAUUUUCAGUGUAAAAGCCUCAGACCGGGAUCUGGACCGGAACGCCCGAGUCACUUACUCCAUCCUGAGCAGCAACCUCCAGGAGGUGCCUCUCUCUUCCUACAUCUCCAUUAACUCCCAGACCGGAGCUAUCUAUGCGCAGCGCUCCUUCGACUACGAGCAAUUCCGGGAGUUUGAAAUGCAAGUGAAGGCCCAAGACGGCGGGUCCCCGCCUCUCAGCAGCAAUGUCACUGUCAGGGUGUUUAUUCUGGAUCAGAAUGAUAACGCCCCUCGCAUCCUGUACCCUUCCCUCGGAGCCGAUGGCUCCGCCUUGUUCGAGAUGGUCCCUCGCUCGGCCGAGGCAGGAUAUCUGGUGACUAAGGUGGUGGCGGUGGAUGCUGACUCAGGACACAAUGCCUGGCUCUCCUACCACCUGCUCCAGGCCACCGAACCGGCGCUCUUCAUCAUGGGGCUGCACAGCGGGGAGAUCCGAACAGCCCGCGCCUUUGCGGACAGAGAUGCUGUGAAGCACAGGCUGGUCACCCUGGUGAAGGAUAACGGGCAGCCGCCUCUCUCUUCCACAGUGACUCUCAACCUGGUGUUUGCUGAGAAUUUCCAAGAGGCUCUUCCGGAAAUCAGCGACCAAUCGAGUGACUCAGAAUCUCAGUCUGGCUUUACUAUUAUUUUGGUGGUAGCUCUAGCUUUGAUUUCGUUUUUAUUCUUUUUUACAGCGAUAUCAGUUUUAAUUUUUAAAUGUCGGAGACCUAGAACUCCCCCAGUUUUUGGAUCUUACUAUCCGGAUCUGUAUUCUAGUCUCGGCCCCAAAUUCUCCUGCAACUACAGCAAUGGGACCUUGCAGUUGCCCUAUUCCUACGAGGUGUGCUUAGCUGCCGAUUCCGGGCAGAACGAGUUCACCUUUCUCAAACCGGGCGAAAAGGCCUUGACCGACGUUCUCCUUUCUGAUGAGGAUUCUGGCAUGGGGAAUGAGUCUGGCAGGGGAAACCUGAGCUCUGACAGCCUGGCACAGCAAGCUCAGCCUAACCCGGACUGGCGUUUCUCUCAGGCCCAGAGACCUGGAACCAGUGGCUCCCAGAAUGGAGAAGAAGGUGGAGCUUGGCCAAACAACCAGUUUGAUACGGAAAUGCUUCAAGCCAUGAUUCUGGCAUCAGCAAAUGAAGCAGCUGAUGGGAACUCUACAUUGGGAGGAGGAGCCGGCACUAUGGGCCUCAGCACCAGGUAUGGCCCCCAGUUCACACUGCAGCACGUCCCUGACUACAGGCAGAAUGUGUACAUCCCCGGCAGCACUGCCACCCUCUCCAACUCCUCAGGUAAACGAGAUGGGAAGAGCUCAGGCUCUUCAGGUGGAAACAAGAAGAAGUCUGGGAAGAAGGAGAAGAAGUAGAAUUGACAGACCAUCAGCAGCUUAGACCAACAGGGCAGACCCCUCCAGCACUCCCCCAAAUCACAGCCUAGGAUAGAGGAUGAAUGUGAAUUUUGUGAUGAAAAAGCAGGAAAUACAACGAAUGUAUGUCAUCAUCAGAGCUAGGAGUAGGGGCUCCUACUAUUAGUCCUCAUGAUGAAAAAUAAUUGGAAACAAAACAAAACAAAAACCAAGUGCCCUGUUAAUACUAACUAAUAUUUUAUACUAUCACUUGGGUAAUUUAAUGUGCAAGGAUGUAAAAUCUUUUAAACAUGUCUUUGGAUUUGGUUUGCUCCAGAAUGGUCCAAGAAAGCCAUGAGGCUUGUACUUGGCUUUGCCCAGUGUAAAUAAUUGUAACAUGGAUUUUUUUUUAAUUUAUAUACCUUAGAUCAUUUAAAAAAAAAAGUUCCCCAGAUUAGAACCCAUGUUCCAGAUUUUGAUAUUUAACUUUCCAUUAGUGAAUCUGACCCUGAGUAACCUUGAAAUGGAUUCCUAGUUACGAAGUUGGUAGGGAGUGCUUCAGUUCCUGUUUACCUAUUAUCCUAAAAGAAAUAAGUGUUUACACUGCAUGAGCCUAUGGGAAUAAGGCUAAGAUGCAUUUUAAACAUUUUUUUUUAAGUGUGACCGGUGAUGGCCUGAAAUAUGAAACAAAAAUCAUGAUGUCUGAGAGACAGGGAAUGCAUUCAAACUGCAGUGGAAAAGAUCUAAGUGCAGAGCAUGCCACUAGCAUUAUUGAGCUAUACAAAACCUGUCCAUAUUGAUUUAGAGGCUACUAAAGAGCAAAUUCAUCUCCUCAAUUCUUUGCAGUAAAUAUUUAUAUGUACAGUUAAUGUUUUCCUGGAACUAAAGUUAAGAAAGUCUAAGUCCCCGGCUGUGAGAACAAGGAGCUGCAGCUCCUUAAAGCAAUGAAAUAACUAAGUCCAUACCAAGGAAUGAUAUUAUCAGAGAAUAAACUCUGAUCUAUUUGUAUGGAAUAGAGACUGAAUGCUUCACAUUUCUGCACAUUGAACUGCAUGCAAAAUACUCACCUCACAUCUACAGUAGGACAGCUAACUCCACCAGAUCUAGGGAAGUCAUCAUUGCAUGCAUGUACAGCAUGGUGUAAAUACACUGUCAGAUAAGUGAGUCUCAGUGCAGGCCAAGCAGUGUCUAUCUGGGAGUGGGGUUCAGUAAUAAGUGGCACAAUGUGUUAUAAAGAGUCAUUGCUCUGGCCUAGAGCAGUGAUAAGAUUUGCACAUUCCAUGUCUAUGCAGAGCAGCCAAGGAACAGCCUUUGUUCAUUGGCCUUCAGAACUGGAUACUCAGUAACUGACAGUUGAUUUGAUGAGACCAAGGGACCAUACUCACAGAUAAGGGAACCAAGAACUGGAGCUGAGCACAUGCCACUCACUGCAAAGCCAGUGAGCCUGAGAGCUUCUCUGGAGAUGCUCACAGGAAGGCCCAGGUCAGUCAGGUGACUAAGAGGUAGGAUUCUGAUACCGUGAAGGAUACUGCCAGACCACACACUCAUUCCAGCCCAGACUCUAACUGUACACAACCAAUUAGAUGUGACUCAAAAUCCACUGGAUUUAGUCAGAAAUGUGGACAAGACUUUGCCUUGUUGUUGGUACCACUGGUAUUGGGAUUUUUACCACAUUGAUAGAAUAGGAUUGUCAGGAAGUAGGGUCUCUCCACUAUGUACCCUUUGUAGCUAUGUACUCUGCUCACUGUAGGUCCAGACACAGCAAAGAGAGAGCGUGCAGUGUGCCCUUAGCAUCGAGUCAGCUUGGCAUCGAGUCCCCACAAGCACCUAAUCAGUGAGGAAGGCUGUAUUGUACCCUUAAGCCCCUCUUCAGCUAGAGAAGGGGGAUGCCCUUUACACUGGGCUGGCUUCCCAUAUCAAAGUAAGUGGGACGGACCUGGGAAGGCAAGGACAAAGAUACAGGGAUAGCGAUGCCAGGAUUGUUUUAACUUCUAAUGAAUAACUCACCUGAGAAGAUCCAGCCUUCUAUGAUCACUCAGGUUAAACUUUCUCCAAGCAGCCAGUGUGCUUGCCUGGCCUGAUGCAGCCCAGCCUCCAGCAGUAUUCACCAGAGCAUUGUGCACUAACUGAUGCCUCGUUAGCCAAUUGCUAUCUCCUUGUGUCUAGAGAAACAGAACUUGUCUAUGCGAAGAACUUGUCUGUGUAUGAUUUUUGUACUGAUCCCAGUCACCCUCUGCGGUGGCUGCACUAGAAACAGUUUACACAGUUAGUAAGGCUUAUACAAACUAAUGUAGUUAUUAUGUGACCCUUCUAGAAGUACUGUAGAUGAAUUGUAGUGUUUAUAUUUCCUUUUAAUCAGCAAUCUGAGGUAGUGUAGAGAGUGUUUUGUACUAGUGGUGUGUUAUUUUUAUCUCAGUAAAUAACUUGUGGACAUCAGUAUUUUCAAUUUCUCUUUAUCUUCUUUCUGUGUGAUCUGUGCUCUAAGUGUAUGUGAACUGAAACACACUUGUCCUUUCAAUGUGUCUAAUAUUGAAUUAUACUUAUAUAUUAUAUAAAUGCUUAUAUCCUUCUUAUAUCCAUAUAGACCAAUGUUCAAUGUGCUACACGCAAGUUUUAUACUCUAAUAUUUAUAUUGCUUUUUUUCUUUGGGAAAAAAUAAUAAAAUGGUUUCUUCUGAACUGA